GGAUAAGGUUGUAAGAUCGUUGAAAUCACACGAAUUACCUUCUAUCCAGCCUAUUCCGAUAUUGGAUGUAAGUGAAGUUGGCGGCGAGUUUACAGAUGUACCUGAUGAUUCAGCUUUAUUAAGGAUGAGAAAAAUUUUGCCUUAUUUUGUUCGUGGCCGAGUUGUUGCCGGCUUUGGAAGAGGAUCUAGAGAGCUUGGUAUACCUACAGCCAACUUUUCGAAAGAAGUCGUCGAUGAUAUCCAUGACGAUCUAUGCCCAGGAGUGUACUACGGAUGGGCGAAAGUAGAUCCUUGGCCCGUGAUGAAGAUGGUUAUGAAUUUAGGCUGGAAUCCGUAUACGAAAAUAGUAAAAUCAUUGGAAGUUCAUAUCUUAUAUGACUUUCCGUGCGAUUUUUAUGGUUCUCAUAUGAGGAUUUGCAUAUUGGGGUAUAUAAGACCCGAAGCCAAGUUUAAUUCGAUGGAACAUUUAAUCAAGUCCAUCCAGCGGGAUACGGAAUUAGCUAAGAGUCUUUUGGAUAAUCCCGAUUGCAUGAUGUAUCGUUUUCACGAAUAUUUUGGAUGCGUUUGCGAAGAACCUUCUAAUGGCUGACAGUACUAUUACAGACAAUUUUUAUGAAUAAAUUAGUGUACUUAGGACAAGUACUUACAAUUAAAGUACUUAUACGUUUUACCAGGAGCAGUGUAAAUCAUACAACUGAAGAACCAAUAAUUUUG